AUGUCAGAGAAACGAGACACAACUCAACAUGAGCAUCGCUCAGUCGAUGCAAGUCAUGCUCCCCCCAGCCGGUACCAUGAUCCCGAGUCGCCAGACAGAAACCUCGCAAGCAUCAACAGAAGCACUUCACGACCAAGCAUAGUCAUUGAUGCCCCGCCAGACGGUGGCUUGAGAGCAUGGCUGGUCGUCCUGAGCACACUCCUCGUCACUAUGAACACCUGGGGCGUCGCCAACUCCUUCGGCGUCUUCCAGCCAUACUUCACAACGCUCUUCUCCCGCUCGCCCUCCGACAUCUCGUGGAUCGGCUCCUUCGAGGUCUUCCUCCUCUUCUUCGUCGGCACCUUCACCGGACGCUGGACGGACAUGGGCUACUUCCGGCCCCUCUUCGUCGCCGGCUUCCUGCUCGUCGUCUUGGGUAUGGUCGCCGCCUCCUUCUGCACGACGUACUGGCAGUUCUUCCUCGCCCAGGGCAUCUGCCUCGGCCUCGGGAACGGCUGCCUCUUCUGCCCCUGCAUGGCCGUCACGUCGACCUACUUCGCCAAGCGCCGCUCGUUGGCCUUCGGCAUCACCGCCGCGGGGUCCGUCGUGGGCGGCCUGGCCUUCCCGAGCAUGGUCCGGCAGCUGCUGCCGAGGAUCGGGCUGGGCUGGACGAUCCGCUCCAUAGCCCUGAUCCAGCUGGUGACGCUAGUCGUCGCCGGGCUGCUCGUCAAGACCAGGAUCCCGCCUCGAAAGGCGGCGCCGCUGGUGGAGUGGGCCGCCUUCAGGGAAUCCGAGUAUAGUUUCUACGCCGUGGGAGCUUUCAUGGUAAGGAAACUUCUUUCUGAUGACAAUGGUGGGGAACUUCCUCUGACGAGCGGGCAGUGCUUCUGGGGAACCUACUUUGCCUUCCACUACCUCGCCGCCUUCUCCCGUGAUGUCUUGGGACUGUCGUACACCGACUCGCUCGACCUCCUGCUCGUUCUCAACGGCGUCGGCGCGUUUGGGCGCAUCAUCCCGGCCCAGAUCGGCGACGUCAUCGGCACGAUCAACAUCUUUGCGCCGAUGGCCUGCAUGACCGGCACCGUCAUGUUCUGCUGGAUAGGCGUGCGCAGCGUCACGGGGCUCUACGUCUGGGCCGUCUUCUACGGGUUCGCCGUCGGGGGCGUCCAGUCACUGUUCCCGUCGGUGCUCAGCAGCCUGACGGCGGAUCCGCAGAAGCAGGGGACGAGGAUGGGCAUGGUCUUCACGGUGGUCAGCUUCGCGUCGCUGACCGGGUCGCCGAUUGCCGGGGCCAUCAUCGCCGCGAUGGGCGGCGGGUAUGUGGGUGCCCAGGCCUUCGCCGGGAGCUGCAUGAUUCUGGGCAUGAUCUUCGUCCUUUCGGCAAGGGUCUGCAAGACUCGCAAGAUGGGGGUCGGGCCGGUUGCCUGGAUCAAGGUUCGAUCCAGUCUUUCAAAGAUGUUGUCUAUCGACUGGCACAAGUUCCCCCCGGCUGUGUUGAAGCUGGGCAAAAGGAACAGCUCACGAAGCUCGCCCACAACGGAGGCGGUCCAGUUGCAGCGCCAUCGCAACUCGCCCGAUGCCAGGAGGGACGAUGCCUCCCUCUCGAACGCCGUCGCAGACGAGGAACACGCAUCGACGACACAGGGGCAGAAUGUAACCCCUCCGCCAUCUUCACACCCGCACGCGACUGCGGAACCGCUCCAGUGCUGGAACCAGCCCCGGCGGAAUAUUCAAAAGCUCGGCUUUGCCUAUCUCUCAUUCAUCAUCGCGGGCAUGAAUGACGCGGCAGUUGGUGCACUUAUUCCGAAUCUCGAGAAAUACUACGACCUCAACUACACAACCGUCUCCAUGAUCUUCUUGACCCCCUUCGCCGGCUACUCCAUCGCCGCCUUCACCAACGCCCGGAUCCACGCCCUCUGGGGCCAGCGCGGCGUCUCCCUCAUCGCGCCCGUCUGCCACAUCGUCGCCUUCACCUCCAUGGCCCUCCACCCGCCCUUCUACGCCCUUCUCGCCCUCUUCGCCGUCAGCGGCUUCGGCAACGGCCUCACCGACGCCGCCUACUGCGCCUGGGCCGGCGCCAUGAACAAGUCGAACCAGAUCCUCGGCCUGAUGCACUCGUGCUACGCCCUCGGCGCGCUGUGCGCGCCGCUGAUCUCCACCUCGAUGGUUGCUAAUAGCGGUCUGCCCUGGUACACCUUUUACUACAUACUCGUCGGCCUCUCGGUCCUGGAAUGGCUGGGUCUGGCGUUGUCCUUCUGCGUUGUCCUUCUGGGGGCAGACGGGGCAGGUCUACCGGACCGAGCACCCGGUCGUCGACGGCGGAAAGAGGUCCAGCACGAAGGAGACCCUACGAAACAAAAUCACCUGGCUUUGUUCGUGUUUUAUUUUCCUCUUCAUGGGAAUCGAAGGUACGCCCCGGUGUUUGGUCACCCGAAGUUGAGACUUGGCCUCGGCGGCUGGAUUGUCACCUUUAUGCUUCGCGAGCGAGACGCUGGCGAAUUCGCUGCCGGAGCCUCCAGCUCCGGUUUCUGGGCCGGCAUGGUCGCCGGCCGCGCCGUUCUGGGUUUCUUCACGGAAAGGUUCGGCGAGCGCAUCUCGGUAGCCGUGUACAUCGUCUGCGCCACCGUCUCCCAGCUGCUGUUCUGGCUGGUGCCGCAGUUCAUCGUGUCGGCCGUUGCCAUCUCGCUGCUCGGCUUCUUCAUCGGGCCCCUGUACCCCGCCGUCAUCACGGUGGCGGCCAAGCUGCUGCCCAAGACCAUCCAUGUGAGUGCCAUUGGGUUUGCGCUCGCUCUUGGGGGUGCGGGCGGGACUGUGUUCCCUUUCGCCGUCGGGGCCAUUGCCGGGAAAACCGGCGUCUGGGUGCUUCAGCCGAUCGUCUUGGCCCUCUUUGUUGUUCAGGGCGUGAACUGGCUUCUGUUUUCGAAGGUCCAGAAGCGAGACUGA